ACUUAUCAAUAGUUCAAUGACAUCCUCAUCCGUAAGAGGAGUAGUGUGGCUCAGGAACACAACGAAGUCAUACCUCUGCUAACCGUUAUGGCACAACACGUCCGCAUUCUAAGUGCAGACACGCAGAUAAAGUUCCCUAUAAGGCAUUGUUAGCGCAUCGCUCGUAGUGACAGCGUGUCAACUAUGUGUUCUGAAUGGCCUAGAGUAUGCAGACCAAAUAAGAGGCCACAGCGCGUUCGUGUGCACGUCCGCUGUUUAGAUCCAUAGCCUGACAAGCGUACGAUGUUCUUGAAGGCUUGGCUCUGUGCGUGCUUACGGCCUCCCGGUGAAGAGAGUGACGCGCAAAUUGAAAGCAAUAGGGUCACAGAAAAUGGCCAUGUUAUUGUACAAGGCGCUGAGGGCCAGUCAGCGAAUGACUUUACAGUACCCCUCGAGAAUGAUUCUGGACAUCUGGCGCUUUUCCGAGCGCUUGUCGACGCGAGCCCAGAACCCAUUGGUGUAUACGAAGCAGAGUCUGGCAGGCUUAUUCUUUGCAACGCCGCUGUCAGAGCACUCCCAGGUGGUUGCGAUAACCUAACAUCGCUCUUCGCGUUGGACCCUUCCAGCCUCUUGGACGCGGUGGCGCGUGUGAAGAACGGGAUGUGCUGGCGCGGCCUCAUCCAGCUCCCAUCCACCUCCCUCCACAACGUCUUGUACUCCGAUGCGGCGCUUGUCGCCCUCCCGACUCCCGUAACAUGCGACCCCGCGCAACCAGUGCUUCCACCACCACCUCCGGACUCUUUCUCGCCCCCUGAAUCUGCCACCAACCACCACACAGCCAAUGCAUUGGCCGCCCCAUCCGCGCUUCGGCAAGCUCUUCAGCUGGUGGCGUAUCCCAGCCUCCGACUGCAUGGGCGCGCUCCCUCGGGCGGGCUAGACGAGCCGCAGCACAGCAUCAGCCCCAUGCCCAGCUCAGCCGCAGCAAACAACACCGCUGACCCAGCCACGCCACGCCGGGCACCAAAGCACGUCAGCUUGUCCGGCUGCCUGGCUGGUGGCCCCACAGCCGCCGCGGCUGUUGCAGCGGCGGCAGCGGCGACGGCAGCAACAACUGGCGGCACCGCCUCAACCACCGGCAUGCGCGGCAACACCGCCGCCGCCACCGCCGCCAGUACGGCAGCGGGAGCCAUCGCGAAGGCCACGCGCGCCGCCGCCGUCGCCAAGGCUGCGGCGCUCGCAGCCGCAGCGGAGGCGGCGGCGCAGGUGGCGGCAGCGGCGGAAGACCAUGACCGCAGCACCCGAGGGGGUGCCGGCGGCAGCAGCAACGCCGGCGGAGGCCGGUAUUACUACAGCGCCGGCGGCGGCAUGAGUGGCCGUACUCCUUCGCAUCUGUCGCCGUCGGCGUCACCGUUAGCAUCGUCAGAGCUGCUGCCGCCGCAAGGAGAAGGCGCCGGUAAGCCGACCUGCUCUGCAAACAGUCCGCAAACGGCCGCUGCAGUAACUCCGCAGCUCGGCGGCGACGGAGCCGCCGCCGCCGAUUCCGCCGAGGCUGUCGGCAGCGACGUCACGGCCGGUACAGCCGUCGCCGCCGACACCGCCGGCGGCCAUGGCAACCCUGACGCCGAAAGUCCACUGGAGAUCUCGAUCUCGUUGAGCGCCGCAGCUCAGUGCGGCUGGCGGCAGACUACCCACAGCGCUGGAGAGGUCAGCCCUACCUCCAUGGGAGACGCGCCGUCAGACGCUGCCGCCGCCAAUGCCGCUGCCGUUGUCACCGUAGCCCUGAGCAAGCCAGGGGGCACCGUCGUCGCAGCCCCAGUUCCUACCAGCGCCGCUGCUUCCCCCUUUGCCUUUAACUCCGCCUCUGCUGCUCCCGCUGCAGUCACCGCAGCAGCGUCGGAAGUAUCGCCUCAGGGGAUCACUGGAUCCGCAACCGUCACGCAAGGCGCAUGCAUGGGCUCCGUCCCCACGUCUUCCUCGGUGGGUGCUGCACCAACCCCCAACGGCCGCAAAGCCGCGUCGGUACCUGGCAAGAUGCAGCCCAGCCAACUGACAACUGUGUCGCCGCCGCCACAGCAGCAGCAGCAACCGCCGCCGCUGCUGUCGCCCUCGCCCUUCGUCAUUCCACCUCAGCCGCUUUUGUGCCCAUCACCCUUCGUCACUUUGCAGCCGCCGACGCUUUGCCCAUCGCCUUUCGUCACCACCCAACAACAGCAACCACCACCCAUGCAAGCUCCAAUGGGGGGUGGCAGCAAGAUCUCCGCGGAUCAGCAUGUGCUCCUGCCCAGCGGCGCCCGACGCCACCACAGCAGCAGCACCUCCGCUCAGGUCCUGCCCUGCCUUCAGCUCACCCAACAACAACAGCUGCUAGAGGCCCUCAAUACAAGCACUUGGGGAGCCCGCAUGAACAGCCGCCAUCGCCGGCCCAUGCGACGCGUUUCCACUUGCAUGGCAUUAGGUGACGGACGCGGCGCCGCCGUCGCAACCACCGUCGCCGCCAGUGGCGUUUCCGUCACCGCUCGUCGCGCCCCCGUCACCUCUAAAAGCGCCGCCGUCGCCGUCGCCAGCACCGCCGCCGCCGGUGGCGGCAGCCAUCCGCAGGGCUUCGCCGCUCCGAGUGAUGUACGAACGAGAAGGCUUCAAAGCGCCGGCGACGGUUCCGGUAUCAUUUUGGGGGCCAGCCCGCCGAGCCCAACAGCAAUCCCAGAGGACCUCUCAUGCAGCGGGGCUGCCCGUCAAAUGCACUCUGAAGCCCUACCCAUGACAGCCUUCUUCAGUAAUGACGAACCGCACCGCGGUGGCGGUGAUGACGGCCGAGGCAGCGCGAGCUUCGGCGCCGCUUGGGCCGCCUCCACAAUCCGCGCCUCCUCGUCACGCGGCUCCGAGGGAACGCUGCAUCAUGUCUUCGCCGCCGACCAUGUUCCGGCGCAUGUUGCAGUGAGCAGCAGCUGCCGCUCGGCUGCCAGCCACACGAUCGGCAGCAUGCCCAGCAGAGGUGCCGCAGCCGGCGUGGGCAGCUGCUUGCGGGCCCGAGGGCUGAGCUCAGCCUCCGGCGGCGUCGCGGCGGGCGCUGAAUGCGACGUGAACAACGCAGCAGCAGCGGAGGGCUUGGGUGCUCCGCUGUUUAACGAUCUGGUACAAUAUCAGGACCGAGAAAGCGCGGGUGCUGUGGUGCACACUUCCCAUUCGCAGGCGUUGCCGUCUGGCUCCGACAUCCUGGCUCCGAUAGCAGCAGCCGGCAGGCAGCAGGGGGCGGGUACGCUGUCGGCUCAAACGCAGCAGCGUGGUGAGUCAAACGGUCAACCCAGCAACUGCAGGCCCAGCCCACAAGAAGAGGACUGCGCGUCCCUUCAGGAGCAGCAGGACCAACAGCCUUGCUCCUGCGCAGCGCACAGCAACCAAGGACUUCUGAUGCUUACGCGACGCCCUGGCGACGAGGGCACGGCGGCCGCCAAUUCCUUCCGUCGCGGGGUCAGCAGCAACCUUAGCGGUUAUGAAACCGCCAGCGGUCACCGUCGCUACUCUCGCUGGUCGCAAUCCGACAUGGGCGGCUGGGAUGACGGCGUGCUCGUGCAACGAGCUGGCAGUGGUUUUAGCAGCGGUUCGGGAGUUUUUGGUUCCGGAGCUGUAGCCGCCGCAGGCUGCUCGCCGCCGCUUGGGAGCUUGGGCGUGCUGCCCCGCAUGCUUGAUUUGGCAACCAAGGUUUCAUCCAGGGCACUGCGACCGCGAGCAUCGGCGUCGCGUCUUGGUCCCGGUGCGGUGGUUGGCAGUAGUGGAGUGGGCGUGGGCGCAGCAGGUGCAGCGGUCCCUGCGGGCAUGGAGUUGGCGGCGGUUGGCGGCGGCGGCGGUGGGAGCUUUAUUGCUGCGCCAUUGGGCAUGGAUGUGGCGGGGAGCGUGGGCAGCGGCAGCGGCUGCGGCAGCGUGGGCGCUCGGCCGGGGAGCUUUGUGGCCUUGGCGACGGCUGCAGCACCCUGCAGUGCCAACAUGCGGGCGCAGAGCUUCUCGCGUUUUUGCCAGCGUGCGGACACGCCUGCUUCAGGCCAGCUCGACACCAUCAUGAGUAGCGGUGGCAGCAGCACCCACACCCGCACCUCGCCCAGCCACGGGAUCACCCUCUUGCUGGAUCAAAGUGGGGGUGACUCACCGCCCGCCGCCCUGCAUCCGCCGGCACCUCCGCCUGUGUUGCCGCAGUCGGCCUCCCUCAACCACAACGCCCACACGCCCCUGCUAGCAACCGCGGUGUCAGCGGUGGCACCCGCAGACGCUGUGCAGGGGGCGCAGUCGGAGGGGGUCCAGUCGGAGGGGGUGCAAUUGCAGGCGGACCAAGAGGAAGAGGCGGCUGCAGGUGUGCGGGGCUACGGCUCCAGCGGGUACUCUCUGCAGCCACGGCCGCCGCCGUUGCUGCUGCAGCCCCUCGGAGACUCGGAAGGGGGGUUUGCUGAGGGCGAAGGGUCUCGUCAUGUGGGUGCCGUUGCGGUGGUGACACUAGCAGGAGAGGCGCAGCAAGCGGCCACCGCCGGCUCAGCAGCGGCUGCAGAUGCAGCGGCAGCGGCGGCGGUGGCGGCGACAAUGCCCACAAGCGGCAUCGCUCCUCCGUUUGAGAUGGAGCGGUGGCACGAGGUGGUUCUGAGCGGCCUGCGGCACCCGGUCAGCGACGAGCAGCUGAUCCUGGUGACGCAGCACGACGUGUCGGCGCGCGUGUGGGCUGAGCAGCAGCUGGCGCGGGUGAUGGAGGCGGAGCACGCCAUGCUGGAAGCCAUCUUCCCGGCGCAUGUGUUGGAGCACAUUGCUAUUAUGGCCGCCGCCUCAGCCGACGCUGCCACCGGCGAUCGAGACGUUGACGGUCCCCCUCUCAGCCUGAGAGGCAGGCCCACGUUGCAGGGGGUAGCGGCGGCCGCAUCUGCCGCCGCUUCGGCAGCGGGCCUCGCCUCCCCUCAGCCCCGCACCGCCCCCAUGCUGAGCCCGCAACCCUCCCUGUGCCCCGGUUGCCUCCCACCCUCGGGCGGCGCCGCUCCGCCUGCGGUCCCCAUCAUCACGGGCGACACCUUCCUGCACCUGUCCACCUCCCACAGCGCGCUCACCGUGCUGUUCUGCGACAUCCAGGGCUUCACCGCCAUGUGCAACGUGGUGAAGCCCGCGACCGUGAUGGCCUUCCUCAACGACCUCUACACGCGCCUGGACGCCAUGCUGGACGCGUUCGGGGUGUACAAGGUGGAGACCAUCGGCGACUGCUACAUGGUGGCGGGCGGGCUGAUGAAGGUGGACGAGGAGACGGGCGCAGUCACGGUGCGCUCGGACGACGUGGACCCGCAGCACGCGCACCGCACCGUGCACUUUGCCAAGGCGCUGUUGCGCGCAGCCAGCGCCGUGCGGCUGCCCACCACCGGCGAGCCUGUGCGGCUGCGUGUGGGCAUCCACAGCGGCCCCGCGAUGAGCGGCGUGGUGGGCACCCGCAUGCCCCGCUUCUGCCUGUUCGGUGACACCAUCAACACGGCCAGCCGCAUGGAGAGCACGGGGGUGCCGGGCGCCAUCCACGUCAGCGCCGCCACGCGGGACCUGGUGCCGGGGGAGCCGUGGGAGGCGACGGGAGGCGUGCAGGCCAAGGGCAAGGGGCUGCUGCAGACGUUCCUGCUGAGGCCGCCCCUGGAGCCCUGGUGAAGGGAAGCGGCAUGGCAGCAGCCGGGAGCCCGCUGAAGCCAGCAAAGCGGCUGCAGCCAGCACGACGGAAACGCUGAGAGAAAAGGGACACGGGAGCAGCAGCGAGUCACAACAAGUGAACAGAGCGCUGUUUUAGCCGGCAGGAAGGGCGAGGACAUCAGGACGUGUUUGGGUCAGGGUUGCGGAAACGCCUACCCGGCUCGAUGUGUGCUGGCGCGCGGGGGCGUUGCAUGACCAGUCACUACACAUGCGACUGUAGGGGUGGUGGCACGGCUGGGCGUGAUAGGCAAGGCAAGGGAUUGCGGUGUGGGAUUUCUGUGUGCCUGCAGUGCAGUGCAGUGCUGUUUCGCCCUGGGGCUGCCAGCCAUUGUUUAGUGAGGAAACAUUGAAUGGGUGGGCAUGCAAGUGGCCCUUUGGUGGGCCCGGCAGUACCUUUGGGCGGAAGGAUUUUAUGUCUGACGGAUGCCUUACGACGGUUAAGAGGCGCGCUUUGAAACAGAGCGCUGGUGUGUGGGGGCGUCGUAGUGUUAGUUGACUUGUACUGAAUGCGAUGUGACGUUCAUAGGGGGCUGCUUCAUUCUGGCAGCUGGUCGUGUGUCCCUAUCGCACUGAAUCCGUCUGAACGACGCCAUUCAACGUCGCUCGCGCCCAGCUUUUGGCCAGCAAAUGAUGCACUGCGAUUAAAAGCCUGCAAUCUCGUACGGCGCAUCUCUGAGUGGGGUGCUCCAUGACUGAUGAUUGAUUGUGCUCCAUGUGAAUGCUUUAUGCCUGGUGCGCUAAGGCCGUGUUCCAUAGAUUCGUACUGUCGUAAUCGUGUCAUGAUUGGUUGCGGCGAAGAUUUGCGGGAUGUGUUCAAACUGCUGCUGCAGCCAGUGCCCCUCGUAGCGGCGUGAUCCUUUUUCGUCGUCGGAAACAGCGCAUGCUACGCAAACAUCGUAUGCUGGCAGCAGGACAUGUUCGGUAGUGACUUAUCGCUGCGGCGCGCAGGAUUGCAGCUGUUGGGGUAUGUGCGAUGGCGGCUGGUGUGUAGUUGAGCAGAAACAAGAGCAAGCAGUAUGGCGGCUUGUGUGUCAAGGUCAUUACCGGUAGGUAUACUAAGUACUAAAGACUAUUUAAAGUCGUGCAAAACUAUUGAGUAAAGCGGAAUACGUUGGUAGUUGGCGGUUGUUGGUCGGACGGGAGGUGAAGAGGCCUAUGGAUUGCGGAGAACGACACAUCAUCUUAGAGCUUUUCGAGUUUUAAUUGCAUCACUAUAACUGACAGUCAGGACCGCCCGUGAGCGCGCUUGCGGCCUGCCAAGCAGUGUUGCCGAUCAUGAGGGGGCCUCGUGUGUGGUUGAUUGUUGCCGCCUGCAGAAUACAGAACACAGAUGCCUGUCUUGCUGGAAGUCUGCCGCUGAAAGCCAUGUUCCCGGUGUCUUUCCGACGUUAAGAGAACAGGGAAGGAAGGAAACAGGUUGUUGAGAUGAGCUAGCGCAUGUUUGGCUGCUGUGAACUGUGAGGUGUACGACGUCUCUAUCGAGACGGGGCAUGGCAAGAAUAUACCGCAGGGCCCCGAUUUUGCGCGGAUUGGUUUGUCGUCGGUUGCUGUACGUUUGCGCUGCACGUCGCGUACCGGUAUUUCUGGUAUAUCGCUUGAAGAGGCGCAGUAGCAGUGCAUGCCUCGGAAAGCACCGGUAGAUGGUGCUGGGUGCUUGUGCCGCCGCUGAUUGCGGGUGUUCGCCUAGCGCCUUACUCUCCAUGUGUCACCUUCUUCUCUCCAUGGAAGGGCCUUCUAUUUUGUUUUGCCGGGCUGGCCUGUUGUUAGGGGCUGUGUUGCUGAUGCACGCUGCACUUGGAGUCUACAGUAGCAGUGCUGGUGGUGGUGGACUCCUAGGUGACCUGUCGAGCGGCUGUGACUUGACGCCGUGGACGGCCCUUGCGCAGCGAGGAAGGGUAACUGACAGCAGUCACUGUCCUCGUUCAUGUUGUUGACCGCGACAACAGCGCGCCCGAACGACAAACGGAGGAGGCUGCGGAGGAUUGAAUGCCAUUGGUGGCAACACGUGGCUCUACCUAAGCCUUAUAAACGUUAACGCAGGGGGUGGCAACAUAGUAUACAUGCUACGUCCUAUUUUGUACAAUUCAUACUACAGAAUGUAAGGAGUGGUUUAGG